GUGGCCCCCGCUUGCCACAACUAGAGAAAGCCCUCGCACAGAAACUAAGACCCAACACAGCAAAAAUAAAUAAAUUAAUUAAUAAUAAAAAAGUGUGUGUGCGUUUAGGAAUAAAAGAGCAAAUCUGUGUAAAUGCUUACAGCAGCUCCUGGCCCAUACAAAGCAGCCAACAAGGUCCUUUCCAUUUUUCAUCUGGGAGCACCUCUACUUAAUUGGACUUGACCAGUGAGACUUUCGGCCUGUGGCCCUCUGUCCACAGCACGUAUUUCAGAACUGGGAAGCUGGCCUCCUCUCACCUGGUUCAUGGCAGGGCUACCUUGAUCCCUUCUGGGGAUUCUGGCCACCAUCAGCACAUGGGACCCAUUAGGACCUCUAACCCCUUUCUCUGUUUCAGGAACUGAUGGGAAAAGCCAAAAAGAAGGGCUGUGACUGAAUGGAUGAGGAUUUAUGGGAAGAAAAAGAAAAUCCUUGUAAGGAGAGAGAAAAAAUAUCACUGGGCAGAUUCAUGAAUUAAAAGUGGUAAAACGCUUUUGGGCUCAACCUAGUGUUUUUGAGCUCAGAAAGCCCCUCGGUUGCUUUGCUGUAGGGCAGAGACUUGGUCAUAGUAACUUGGUGUUUAACUCUAGGAAUUGCAGGUCUGUUCCUGGGGCCAGGUGCCCAGCAGUCCCGGCUUCUACUUACACCCUUGGGGGUGUUGGCUGAAUAUUAAAGUUGGAUCAGGAAAGUUCCCUUCAGAUACAGGAAAUAAAAAAGCAACAAGAUGGGGCCUCAGUGGUUCUUAAAAAUGAGCCACUUCCCGUCCCACUGUAACUGCUGCGUGUCCUGGAGCAAAUUACUCUUGAGCCUCAGUUUUCUCAUCUGUAAGAUAGAGGCUCUCAGGCUUCCUCGCAGUGUGGCUUGUGCGGGGGUGAAGGAGGCGGUGCACGCGUGUUGCGUGCUCUCCGUAAACGUCAGCUGUGUCUUUCUGGCUCUUUUGAGUACCUUCGACUGAGCGCACCGUCAGGAAAUGGUUCCGGCCCUCUGGCUCUCUUCCCUGGGGAUACCCCAUACACUCAGGGCAGCAUCCUCGCAAUCAGGUCUGGCUGCCGGAGAGUCAGCGGCUGGGAAGGAACCUCUCCAACGGGCUCGCGCUCGCACCGCAUGCAGUUCUGCAGCUGUGGAAAGAGCCUCACGUGUGCGUCUCAUUUCCCACGACUGCCCCUGGCUGGAGGAGCCCCGCCCCACCCGACGCCAUCUGACAGUGCUAACGUAAUUAGCGGCAGGUUUCCGCAGCACUUAAAGACAGUCAGGCCCCGCGCGCUGCCUUCAUUCUUGCCGAGUGCCACGCUGGAGGUGGGACGCGGCCGCUGUGUGCCCGGAGGCCCUGCUGGGGCCCCGUGUGUGCUUUAUGCUGUUUGGAUCGCACGGAGCAGCCUGUGGACUCUCGUCAUGCGGAGGAGCCCCUUCGGUGUGGACAUCUGCUGCCGGAAGGGGUCCCGAAGCCCCCUGCAGGAACUCUACAACCCGACCCAGAGAUCCUUGGAGAGAGUUUCUCCACCUUGGCUGGAGCUCUCCAACACGGCCGUCCUGCACCAGAUGCGGCGGGACCAGGUCACAGACACGUGCCGGGCCAACAGCGCCGUGAGCCGCAAGCGGCGGGUGCUGACCCCCAACGACCUGAAGCACCUGGUGGUGGAUGAGGACCACGAGCUCAUCUACUGCUACGUGCCCAAGGUGGCGUGCACCAACUGGAAACGGCUCAUGAUGGUCCUGACCGGGCGGGGCAAGUACAGCGACCCCAUGGAGAUCCCGGCCAACGAGGCGCACGUCUCGGCCAACCUGAAGACCCUGAACCAGUACAGCAUCCCCGAGAUCAACCACCGCUUGAAAAGCUACAUGAAGUUCCUGUUCGUGCGGGAGCCCUUCGAGAGGCUGGUGUCCGCCUACCGGAACAAGUUCACGCAGAAAUACAACACCUCCUUCCACAAGCGCUACGGCACCAAGAUCAUCAGGCGGCAGCGCAAGAACGCCACGCAGGAGGCCCUGCGCAAGGGCGACGACGUCAAGUUCGAGGAGUUCGUGGCCUAUCUCAUAGACCCGCACACGCAGCGCGAGGAGCCCUUCAACGAACACUGGCAGACCGUCUACUCCCUCUGCCACCCGUGCCACAUCCACUAUGACCUCGUGGGCAAGUAUGAGACGCUGGAGGAGGAUUCCAAUUACAUCCUGCAGCUGGCGGGCGUGGGCAGCUACCUGAAGUUCCCCACCUACGCCAAGUCCACGAGAACUACUGAUGAAAUGACCACAGAGUUCUUCCAGAACAUCAGCUCAGAGCACCAGACGCAGCUGUACGAAGUCUACAAACUCGAUUUUUUAAUGUUCAAUUACUCAGUGCCAAGCUACCUGAAAUUGGAGUGAAGGGUGGAGGUGGGGAGAGGGGCGAGAAUCGUGCUUUUUAAUUUAAGAUUUUUAUUUGUCAAAAGAAUUCUAUGGAUAUUGGGUUAUUUUGUAAAUUAAUAUUUGUUUGGGGAUGAUGCUGCGAGCAGCAUAGUGAGAAUUAUUUAAAAUCCUUAGUAGGGAAGGACGGCUGUCUUUGCAGGGCACUAGGAUGGGUGUCCUUGUUUUUUAGACAUGAAUCCCCCGACACUUUCAGAGGUUUCUUUGUGUUCGGGUGAAUUCCAUGAAUUGUGCAUCCCAUAAAUUCUAAUUAAUGUUAUUUAUAGUUAUUUAAACAUGGUCUCUGUAUAGAUUUUUUUUUGUGGCAGCAAGAUUCUAACGUCUUUGCAGAAGAAAUCUAUGUUUCGUUCUGUGCUUGCAGCAGCUCGUGCAGGGGCAUGAAUGUUCUCCUUAUUAACCGCUCAGAGAGUCACUGUGAUAACAACCGUUGUGCUGUCUGUUGAUACCACCGUUCUUGAAAUUCUGCUAGAAAUAAAUAGAAAGAGGCUCCUUUGCAAGGGACUGAUUCCAAACUGAUUUCAGUCGACCCAAACGUUCCUCACACGAAAGAAAAGUGAUUUUUCUUUUUUUAACCCAAGGAGAGAGCUGAUUGUAGCUUUUUUUUUUUCCCACCAGACUUAGCAAUCUGGUAGAAUAGGCUUUUCUACAGAAUUUUUUUAACUGGCAGUGCCAGUUGUGAUGAAGGUGAAGUGGCUGUUGCUUUACAUUCAACAAGUAUUUAUUAAGCAACUACUAUGUGCUAGGCCUAAUUCUAGACCCUGCGGAUAGAGCAUUAAACAAAACCAAUAGUCUUGGCCCUCAAGAAGCUUUACGUGGACGCAGAGUAUCCAGCUUGACAGUUAGCAAACCCCUGGUAUUCAUGGACUUAACAUGAGGUUUGCACUAUUCACGAACCACCCCAGAAGGUUCAGGAUCCCUACAAAUUUGCAUUUUUCUAUGGCCCAAAUUUGAAAACCACGUGCUUGGAACAGGCCACUUAACUUGGUGAGUAAUCCAAGCCCAUUGCCCAACAUAAGAGAUGACAAAAAUGUUUCCUGUCAUGUGCCCACUCCAAUUUAUUGGUAGUAUCUAUCUGCCUUUAAGCCCCAGAACAGAUUUGCCAGGCACAGCAUGGAAGAGUGCUGUGAUUGAUUAGUGAUGUCUGCCUUGGGUGAAGGAAAGAGAAUAUUCACCGACCGUCUCCUCCUGUCAUUUCCAGCCCAGCUUUAAGGUCUCCACCUAGAAGUGUUUUUUCUACUCUUUGCCAUGUAAAAGAUUAAAAUUUUGUGGCAGGACUCAGACAUUGGAGGAUUUGCAAUGGCCUGGCAUUUCUACUCCUUGUGAAGGUCAGAGGCGGACUAUUUGUACACUUAUGCAUAUCCGCUCCUCCAAAGGCCAAGAAACCAUCGGCCCCUUUGCAACCACCAGCAAUGAUCAGCAAGGACAGCCUUCUGUGAUGGUAACCCAUGCCAUUUUCCUCUGGAAGGCUGGAAACAUUCCAUUCCCUGUUCCUUGCUAAUGAACGUCUGCACAUGCUUCUCAUUUCCAAUGCCUCCGCUGAAGUUUGAGCCACAUCCCUCUUACAGCUAGUGAAUGAGUUGGUAGCAGAUACUGUAUAUAAUAAUAAUAGUUCUAAUAAUAGGGGGAGGGGUGGGAUGGGGUGUGGGUAAGUUUUGCUUUUUGUUUUUGAUGCAAUGUAUAGAACAGAGGGGAGAAGAAUAUUCUAAACGAACAAAAAAUAAUUUAUUCACAGAAGCUAUUAAAAUUGUAUUGUAAAGCUCACAGCCAGCUCAGUGAGCGGCAGCUGUCAUGUCUCACGGAGGAAAUUAUUUUAUUGAAUGUGAGUGAGGUGUGCGCUGGAGAGGGUGGCCGAAGCUAUUUAUAAGAUGGUGUGUACCUUCUUCUAAGCUCUCUCUCCUGUGCGAAGGGCACGUCAACUGUACCCUUGACAAAUAGAGAUUUAUGCAAUGUGUUUUACCAAGUAGAGUGACAGACUUCAGCUGUCCUUGGAAUUUUUCCUGGACCCUGUUUCCAGGCAGGGGACACUGUCCUCAGAAACAAAGCUUCUGCUAAUGAAAGAGGUUUCUGGCAUUUCCUGAUAAUGUGCUUCAGAGAACACAGGUUCUCCCCAGACACAAGUUGGUGUGAUGCAAAAUAAGGGUUUUGUAGUCAAAUAUCCUUGGGAAACAGAGUGAAGUCCAUUUCCUUUCUGCAGGACUUUUCAGAGCCUUGAAUGUGUGCUGUGCAUUGUGAACUCCCAAGAGCAUCACUGAUGGAGUCGGUGGCAUUUCCUGACCUUCUCUGAGCGGGAUGCUCUAUUUUGCGGAUCAUCUCAGAGAGCUAGCGUUCCACUGAAUAUUCUUUGGCUAGGUUGCUUUCGCACAUCUGAGGUCUUCAAGGAUAAAAAACUGCUUCCCUGACACCCCGCUUCCAAAAACAAAAAACAACAAUAAAACAGCACCACAGUCUCCACCUGGUUUGUAGCAAUGAAGGUACUUUAUCAAAUGAAUUCAACUUUUGCUUAAGUGCAAUGGUUCUAAUCCUGGAUAUUACAUAGGCCACGAUUCCCUCCCUCCCAAAGGGAGUGCCCGAAGAGUCUUGGGUGGUGCUGACAGAAGGAGGGAUGGGGGAGGGGCACAAAGCCUCAGUUGGUCCCCCUAGUGCUCAAGCCUAAGGUUGCUCAGUGCAAGCCAAGAGAGCUCAACCCUUGCUGAAUGCUCCUUCGAUUCUAUAGUUUGGAAUUGUUCAGUGUUCUUUUAGUACUUCAAGUGGAAAUUCACAUGGAUUUCCCGCAUUUUGCAUUUCCACAUCUCCGUCUUUGAUCAGCUGUGAUGCCUUCAUUCGUCUUCUCGCUCUAGUGGGAAAGGGUGUCCUUCAGGGGACGAUACUGCGGUAUGGUUCGGCAAUGAGGGGCUCUUUCUUCUCGUGUUUUGUGUUCAUAGUUUAUUUCCUAAUGGCAUAAAAACUUUUUAAAAAAAAAUCAAUUCAACUGUUUUUGCAGAAUGUAGAAAGUACUCUGUGUCCUUGGUUAAAAAGAAUCCAUGGGUGAAAAUGUGCCUGGGAAACAAAAGUUCUUGGUUCUUUCGUUCCUUUUCCUUUUUUUUAAAGAAGACUGUUUGAAAACGCUUUCUAUUGCAUGCUUAGCUGGAGAAAAGUAUAGGCAGGUGUCCCAUCUUCGAGCCACUUUUCAGAGGUGCUGCUGUGUUUUCAAAACCAGGUACAAAGUUGUAUUUACAAGGACAUUCCUGCUUAACCUGUCCCUUUGGUUGGAAAACUGUAGAAUAUUAGCCACAGGGUUUGAAUUCCUGCAGCUGCUUCAGACCCUCCCCCUUCCCUGCCUUCCCAGCUGGUCUGGGAAGAAGGGCAGUCUGCUGACCUGUUGGUGUCUCAGAGGGGACCUUCCUUCCCACCUGUCCACCAGGUGAGUUUCACGGUCCUGCCUGUUCAGCUGUAUGGCACAGGACAGCAGCGGGCAGUGGAAACUUCGGUCGGACCAGUGUCCUGGUGGCAAAGGCGUGGAAGCACCACGGUCUGAUCCCUACUGGUAGAAAAUUCCCAGAACAAAAGCGAGUCCCUAACAACCUUAGCUGGUGGGGUCUGGACCACUGCUGAGGUAGUGAUUGCAGAAGUCCCUGUUCUAACCUGGCCAGAAGCCGAGGGACUCUGACCCUGAUGGGUAGGGCUCAGAGCCGAUUUCUCACAGCCUGACCAUCCCCUACAGAGACACGCAAUCUGAGCUGCCCCGUUCUGUGCGAUCCUGGGAAUGAGAAUCUCUUGCCCACUCAUGUCAGCAGGACUGACCUCAUCACUCCCCCAAAGUUCCCACAACAAGUAUUUCCUCCAGCCUUUUCCAUCACAACCAACUGGACCCUAUGAACGGCAGCAGGAUCUACAACCAGCUUGACCUUCGGCCGUUAACGGGCGAAUUUCAGUCUGUUACCCUUUGUCAGGUACAGAAGGGGCUGCCCGUACUAUUUUCUUAGGAGCGUGCUCAGUGUGGCAUAUGGACAUAUAAUUUAACAUCUUUGUGGAGUGUGAUUUUCUUUUUUUACAUAUUUGUGUGCAGUAGAGGGCCUGUUGUAGAAAACUCUCCCUGUAUCUUACUGUACUGUUCAAGAAAGCUGAAUUCCACAUUGCCAACAAAAGCGUGAAAAUGUUCAUGAACCUUCUUCCAGGAAAAGCCAUUCAAGCCUGAUUAUUUUUCUAAGUAACUUCAAUUAAAUUGAA